UGAAAUAUCUUAAAAUGAGCCUCGAAACAAAGCUGCAAUUAUUUUUCAUUUUUUAUCAUUACACAAAUUUUGCAAUAUCUUCCGCGGAUUUGAUUAGUUUCUGAGGCUAGUGAUUGGAAAAUUAUUUUUAAUUGAGUGGAACAAAUUUUUCCAAUUGUCUCUUGUUUUGAAAAAGGCUAACUUUUCAUGGUAUUUAAGGGAUUAGAUAACAGAUCUUAUAAAUAGUAGAAAAUCGUGUUGUUCUGUAUACCAGACAAGUUCAGUUAUUCAACUAAUCUUUCACAGAAUUUAGACGUAUCGUCCGUGAUCUCAAGAAUGUCACCCAAAUCUUUGAUUUUGAUGUUUUUCAUCUUGUACUCAGCAACAGCUCUCAUGGCGUUACCAACUACAGGAGAAACUGGGUUUAUGGAGAAAGCAAAGGGGAUGACAGAUAAAGUCGGAAGUGACAAAUUAAUAGAAUUUGUCAAGGAUGGAUCAAAUAAUUUGCAGGGGCAAGUUCAGAAAUUGGAAAAUAAGAAAAAGAAAUAUGCUUACAUAAUCCAUAGUUCUGAGUUCUGUUGUACAUUCAAUGCUCAAUAUAUAAAUUGUCAUGCUCCUUAUAAAAAAAUAAAUGAAUAGUUCAAUUGAAA